AUGUCAAUACCAGGACUAGGAGAGAUACCAUCAGCCGCAGCCCCGGUUAUAACAUCUUCCUCCGCCGCAGCACCGACUACAACAGAGAUUCUCGAACCUUUCUGGGAGUAUCGCUUCGAGGUCCCCCAUGGUUCGACUCUAGACAUGAAGUUAAUCUCCGGUACCGCAGAGAAAGAUGGCACCGAACUUGCCCCAAAUACACCCUAUACUUUCACCGCGACGAAGUCCAAGAUAAAUACCUGGCAUGGAUGUACACUCGAAAUUUCCUCUCCCACCGGUAACUACGAUGCCUACACCUCAGAGCUGACAGCAGAAGAGACCCCCAUGGUUAGCUACCUAAAUCUGCACUUCAAACUCGAGGCGCUUCGCACAGCUGCGGAUAAGACAAGGCAGAUGGGGCCGCGAAUACUUGUCGUGGGACCGCCGAACGCGGGCAAGACAAGUUUAGUGAAGAUGCUUACGGGAUGGGCAACGCGCAUGGGCCGCCAGCCCCUCGUGGUGAAUACAGAUUGUCGCGAGGGCAUGCUUGCCCUGCCGGGAUCGCUGAGCGCGGCUGUAUUCGCGACCAUUAUUGAUAUCACAACGGACUGGGGAAACACACCGAGUAGCGGGCCAAGUGCUGUGCCGGUAAAACUGCCGCUGGUAUACAAUUACGGAUUAGGACAACCUGAGGAAAAUAUGCGGCUUUAUAAGAGGUUAUUGAGUAGACUAGCUGUAACAGCGACCUCACGACUUACUGAGGAUCCCGAUGUAAAGACAGCAGGACUGCUGAUUGACACCGGUGGGGUCAAUGUUUCUAAGGGAGGCUAUGAUCAUAUAGCACAUAUAGUCGCUGAGUUCUCUGUCAAUAUUGUGCUCGUGAUAGGUUCGGAACGUAUCAGCAGCGAGAUACAGAAGAAAUUUGCUGGGCAGAAGACCAGUCUAGAUGAACCAAUCACCGUUGUUAGUCUAGAUAAAUCUGGUGGCGUUGUGGAAAGAGAUACUGGAUUCCUACAACAGGUUCAUGAAGCAGCUAUUAAGGAGUAUUUCUUCGGUGAUACGAAUACUACGCUGAGUCCCUUUACGCAGCAAGUUGACUUCUCAGCCUUGUCGAUCUGGAAAGUUAACCAAGCAUCUGCCUCAGCGACAUUAGAAGACGACAUAUAUAGCGACACGAUGCUUGAGAAGAUCGAGCCGUCGCUUAUGAUACAAAAUUGCAUCCUAUCAGUUAUCUACGCAUCAGUCCACGACUCAGCGGAUACUAUCCGUGAUUCCAACGUUAUGGGCUACGUGUAUGUGGCUGAGGUCGAUGAGAAGCGACGGAAGCUCAAGGUUCUAGCCCCUGUCAGCGCCCGCUUAGGGGACAGGCCCCUUCUCUGGGGAAGUUGGCCUGAACCAAUGGUCAGCUUACUAGGUUAG